AAAUGGGGUGGGACAGCUUUGUUCGGCUAAAAUGCGACUGCUUUGGAAAAAGCAGCAGAGUGGCACCUCUCGCACCAGCCUCCGCUCUGUCGUUACACAAGUCCUCCGGCCGGCCGCUGUUACCAACCGGUAGAUUUACAGCUUGAAUUAAAUUAACUUUCUCUCAUUACAGCGCCGAAUGUGAGGAUGGUAUCUGCUGCCGGAACUUUAGGGGUUUCUGUCGACCGUCUGUGGUGAGCGGCGCCUGCGGGCGACCCCUGUUUGUGUUACUCAACCGCUUGUGUAACGCUCGGACGCCGGCUGGUAACGUUAGCUAACGCUAACGUUUGCCAACCCAAGGUCGGGUACCACGAGAGCUCGGCGGGCGCACAGCGUCUAUAGCUGGUCGGCGGCCUCGUUGUCUUUCCGGAUGUUUUCCAAAGUCCGAACAUGCCUGGCCUCGCGUUUGGCCAGAGCACCCGCUGCCGCGAGUUCGAGGGCAGCGUUGAGGGCGACGCCCGCCCUCUGCAGACACCGUCGGGGCUUCAGCUCCGGGUCCGCCGCCGUCAGGGUGCUGUAUGAUGGGCAUUGUCCCAUAUGUGUGACGGAGAUCCGGUUCCUCCAGUUUCUGCAGAGAAACCGGCCUGGGGAAGUGGAUUUUAUUGAUAUCUCCCUGCCAGGCUAUGAUGGGGGGAAAUAUAAGGACGUCAGCUAUGAGAUGGCCAUGGACGAAAUGCAUGUGAUUGAUGAGAAAGAUGAGGUUCACCGUGGGAUCCCAGCAUUUGCAGUCAUGUACGGUGCCGUGGGCCUCGGCUGGUUGGGUCGCUUCAUGAUGUGGCCACUUGUGAGGCCAUUUAUGGACAAAUCCUAUGCCAUCUUCGCCAGGAAUCGCCUGAAGUGGACUGGACGUGGGGGGGAGUGUACCACAGGACGCUGUGAAAAGAAAACACAUUGACUCUUGACCACAGGAAAAAAUUAAGUAUGUUAAUAAGUUUAUUGAUUGUGAAGAACAACUGGAUAAAUACCACAUGGUUAGUCUUGUUUAACCAUUGGUUUAUAAUGAAUGUAACUGGAGUUUCAAAGGUGUUUUUUUUGGCUGAUGGAUUAAAUGUGUAUGGUGUGAAGCCGUUAUUUAGAGCAGAAUGGGUUUGCUUGGAAGACUUUUAUUCUGAUUUGAUAAUUUUCAGUUUGUUCAGUUAAAACGACGUAAACCUCUACUAAACAAAAGUUAAAAUGAUGACAAUAAAUGGUUGCAAGAAGAAAGUAAAAACACUCACUGUAAAAACAAGAUUCUGCAAUAUGCUGAAAAUGUCCUGGAUAUUAAAAAUUGGUACAUAAUGUUAAGCUUGAUAUCAAACAGUCGAAGUAAUGUAACUUAAAAGAGAGCUUUUUAUCAUAAGACAGAACAACAGAAAAUAGAAAAAGAAAAAUCUACCCAUAAAAAACAUGACAAAGAAGAGAGAGAGCCUUUCUGCAAAAGAUCAAGAGUAAUGGUGUACUUCAUAUGACAUGGUCAUACUAUGGCAAAUAUACAGAGGUUAGACUGAAAAUCACUGAAGUGAAAUAAAGUCAGUUUCCUAUCUUAUGAAGUAUCUCAAAUUGAGGUUCAUUCAAAAGCAGAUAGAUAAACCAAACUGUCAGAAAUCUGCCACUAGAUGUCAUCGUAAGUCUAAAAUAAUAUCACCUAUGAAAGUGAGUGAAGGUUCAGAUGAUUCUCAUAGAACUGAGUGGAAUCAAUAUCCGUCGUUCCGACAAUAAAGGAAACUCACUAACCCAAACUGACUGAAUUGGCAUGAUAUUUUAAAUGUGAAUUACUCUUUGUAAGUAAUUACUGUGAGCUGACAAAUUCAGACACUCGAGCGUCCACAAUACAUCGGAGCGCAGAGCAGUGUGUGCUUGUUAAAGGUUAUGAGUCGUAGCCAUGGGACAGUAAUGUUUACCAAACACACAAUGUAAAGCAGACACUUUUCGGUUUGAGCUACAUACAUUUUUAGAUUACAGAUUACAGCCUGCAGAUUACCAGAUAAUUAUUUAAAUACAGGCAUCAGUAAUGUGCUUAAUUGGGAAUGUGUGUGUAAGUACAAGGGAAGAAGACAGACCGUUAGGGAAUAAAGGGGUAAAAACUAAGUGUUUAAGAUGGAGCUAAAAAUAAAUUAUGCACAAGUGAGUACCUAUUUAAUAAUUACAGAGUACGUUAAGUUUUUACUGGGUAACAAGGCAGGGACAACAAGGUGUUUAUUUUAGAAUUGUUAUAUAUUAACGAAAUAUGAGACAGUCAUAACUAUAAAAUACUUUAUAUUUUCUUAGGUUAUGUUUAUAUUUU